AUGAACGAAGAUAGCCUUCGGCAGUCUUCUAGAGCUUUUCACUUUCCUUAUCCGAAAGCAUACUCGAUUCAAUUGGAUUUAAUGCGAGCAGUUUUCACUGCAAUUGAAGAUGAAAAAGUUGGAAUAUUUGAAAGUCCGACUGGAACAGGAAAGUCACUGAGUCUGAUUUGCGGUGCAUGCACUUGGCUAGAAGCCAAUGCCAAACGUCAUGAGCAAGGUCAAUUGAAGGGAAGUGUCGAUGAUGAAGAGCCUGAUUGGGUUAGAGAGCAUGAAAGUAAUAGACAGAUGGAGGCAUUGCAAAGUCAUGAGAAGGAGCUGCAAAGUAGGAUUGAAGCAGCACGCAUUCGAUUGGAAGAAAGGAGGAAGAAUUCUGCAACCUCCAUCAAACGCACCAAGGUGUCACGAACAGGAAUAUCCAACAGUGAUUCAGAGGACGAGUAUCUGGUCGAAGACAAUGAUCAGCGUACCGCCAACACAAGCAAUGCAGCUCGCCCCGAUGAUCCAUCGUCAUUCCUCUCCCCUGCUGUUAGAGCUUUGAUGGAGAAGAGUGGAGCAUACAUGGGGAACUCGAAAGGGAAAAAGAUUCCAUUCUACGCCAAACAGGGCAAUGAGAGAGACGAGGAGGACGAACCAGAAACAGUGCCGAAAAUCAUCUAUGUCAGUAGAACGCAUAGUCAAGUAUCGCAAUUCAUCAAUGAGGUAAAACGGACGGAUUUCGCUGUGGCCGGUAAUCGCGAUUCCAACCGCUUUUCGGUGAGAAAUACAUCUCUCGGUGGUCGAAAGCAGAUGUGCAUCAAUCAAUCAGUCAUCGAUAUUGGUCAAAGAGCAGGUAUAGAAGCAAUGAAUGAAAAGUGUCUCGAUUUAAUGAAACGUAAAAAGGGCUCCACCUCCAAAGCAGGCUGUGAAUACUUACCUGCUCCUGAUGAAGCCGGACAGCUAAAAUUGAUGGAGUAUCGCGACACCGUCUUGGCAGAUGUUCACGAUAUCGAGGAUGCUGUCAAGAUUGGCAAAGAGAUGCAUAUCUGUUCAUACUUUGGUGCAAGAGGAAGUGCAAGACAAGCGCAUAUCGUGACAAUGCCUUAUAAUCUUCUUCUCAAUGCUAGUGCUCGCGAUUCUCUGAACAUUGAGCUGAAAGGAGCAAUUGUGAUAAUUGAUGAAGCGCACAAUCUGAUCGACACAAUUCUGGCAACGCACACUGUUCUUGUCAGUUCUUGGCAGAUUCAAAGAGCCAUUAGCCAAAUCAAUGAUUAUCUGGACAAAUUCUCGUCACGUCUGAAGGGUACAAAUGAGAUCAAUUUACAAAAGCUACUGCUUACUUUGCGUAGUCUUGAUACAUCCUGCACCAAUGCCGUGCAAAACAAGGCGCAAUCAAUGACCCCAGCCGAACUUAUGCGAAAGAUUGGCGGGAAUAUCGACCAGAUCAAUUUGUUGGAAUUGGAUAGAUGGCUUCGGGAAACUAAGAUUGCACGAAAGAUUGCUGGCUAUGCCGAUCGAAAGCUCAGGGUGGAAGCAAGCACGGAAGAAACAAUGCAGAGAGUAAGUCAUUCUGGCAUUUCUGCUUUGCAUACCAUUGAGUCGUUCUUGUUAGCUUUGACCAAUAGAGAUUUGGACGGGAGGAUAUACUUCUCCACAACAUCAGAGCUGGCCAAGAAUGGAGAGAAGCAAUGGUCAUUGAAGUAUCAAUUGCUUAAUCCUGCAGAAGUCUUCAGUGAUAUCGUAAAGGAUGCUCGAUCGGUUAUUCUGGCAGGCGGUACUAUGGAACCAAUCUCCGAUUUUGCCAUGCAACUUUUUCCUGCCUUGGAUCCUGAAAGGCUGACACACUUUUCGUGUUCCCACAUUAUACCGAAACAAAAUUUAAUGGCAGCAAUUGUUUGCAAAACAGCAAAAGGUACACCUCUUUCGUUCCGAUAUGAUGCUCGUGGCGAUGCAACAAUAAUGGAAGAAUUGACGGGUAUGUUGGUCAAUUACUGCAAUGUUAUUCCGCAUGGUGUUGUUGUUUUUGUGCCUUCAUAUGGUUUCCUUGACUCGCUUCAAGAGCAUUGGAAGACAUCACCUCAAUUUGUUCGCUUGAAAGCGAAGAAGCAAGUUUACUUUGAGCCCAAGACUGCCUCCGAGGUUGACACUGUGUUACGGGGAUACGGUCGAUCCAUUGAUCAGGAUCAAGGUGCCAUCUUAUUCGCCGUCGUCGGCGCAAAACUUUCUGAAGGGAUCAACUUUUCCGACCGCCUAGCCAGAGCUGUGAUCAUGGUAGGCAUGCCAUUCGCCAAUAUCAAUAGCCCCGAAUUGAAAGAAAGGAUGAACUAUGUUCGAGCUUUACACAAACAACAAAAGUCAGGCACUCUUUUGAAGCAAAAAGAGCACAAAACCGACUUUGACGCCGGACAAGAAUUGUAUAUUAAUUUAUGUAUGAAAGCGGUCAAUCAAGCGAUGGGAAGAGCGAUCCGACAUCAAAAUGAUUUUGCCGCAUUGAUAUUUCUCGAUAAUCGUUAUUCUCGACAGGAUACAAUCGCUAGAUUGCCUUCUUGGAUCGUAGAGUCGACAAAAGUGUACGAUACGUUUGGCCCCUCGAUAGGCGCUUUGGGGGCUUUCUUUCGUGCGAAGAAGACGGCACCACAAACUUAAUUGUAUUUUAGGAUAAUCCAAUAUCGUAGACUUCCGAGGUAGCCUCAUAGAGUGACUGCACAAAGAUAUUCAUUG